CUUUUCGUGUCCCUGGGAACGCGUCUGCUUUGGCGAGGUUGCCUGUUGUAUGAUGGAGAGCGACUGAGUGAUGGAGGCACUGAAUGAAUGAAGUUCACAGGUUUGGAGGAGUUUCCAAUUAAAUUGUACGAUCAAGCCAUCAAAGAUUGCACAGUGUAUGGGGAAAUAACCUGUAAAUAUGGAGCAGGGAUCCUGGAUUUGUUGUGAGAAGAUGGCAGUUCUCCAUGGGGGUUUUCUGUUGGCCAAGAAGCAAAGUCAACACAAAGUGCUUUUGGAAACAAAAAAAUCUGAUUGGACAACUUUAGGGAAGCCUAUUGUCUGUGCCAUACAUGAGAUCUGUACAGGAGGGACUAACUCAGCACAAGAUCCUGCAGAAACAAAGGACUGGCAAAGGAAAAUACUUGCUUUUUUGUGGGCAAAGCUACUGAACUCUAAUGUAAUUGGAACUAAAGUUAAGGAGGAACUGGAUUCAGAUCCUGAGAGUGACCGAAGGUGGAAGGAAGACCUGUUCUUUUCAGCAGAAAGCAUGAUUCCAGAGAUAAAUCACACUGUUUUUUUUGAAAUGGUAAAAUCACUGGGGGCUUCUGAUGUCUUUGUUGAGUUACUUUCAGCAUUGCCAGCAAAUGCAAGCUGCCUGGAGAUGGCUCAUUUUGUGGAACAUGUUCUUGAUGGAACCUCUGAUGAUGAUGUGGCUUUGUUUCUAGAUGUAUGGUGGGAACUGAUGAAACAAAAUGAUGGACAAAAGAGUAGAAUUGUUCAGACUUUUGGAGACGAGACUAAAAAGUACUUGGCACGUGUGGCUGAUGAAUUUAGUCAUUCAUCGAAGAGACUCAAACUAGAUCCUGAUGUUUCUUCUCUGUUCCCUUCAUUGAACUUGCCUGAAUCUUCCAACAACCUGUCCAUUCCUUGUCUGCUACUAGAUGGUCUUAAGAAAUUGAAAAGUCAUAUAAACUCUUAUGUUUAUAAAUGCUCUGCACUAGCAAAACUGUCAGACAUGAUUUGCAAUUCAGUUCUUUCUGAAAAUAUUGUAGAGUUGUCCACUAAGGUGUAUUUGGAGAAAUUUGCCAGACUGAUUACUUUAGGAAAUCCUGGGGUCCAAAAGUUUCUAGUACCAAACAUUUUCAUAAGGAAUGUGAAGGAGACACAGAGAGAGCUGAGAGCCACUCCUCAGAAGUCUUUAUUCCAGUUGCCUCAGGGAGCACUGACUCCAGGGAUUGAGUUGCUUGCUGAUCUCCUGCACUCAUGGGUAAAUGAACUUCAGACCGAGCCUGAGAAUGACACUGAAAUUCAGAAGAGAAGCCUGGCUAUUUAUAGAACAGUGGAAAGUUUAAAAUGCUUCCAUGAAAUCUGUCCAGUGCUUCAAAACUCCAAGAUAGUAUCUGAAGAUGCAAAGAAAAAUCUGUCUGAUCUCCUGCUGAAUUCAGCCACUUUUAUUCAGAAGAUUGGCACAUCUGUGCCUUUAGAUGAUGCUGCUACCAUAGAUAAAGUUAAAUUUUCCAUUGCUUUGACAAUAAUUGAUGGAAGAAUGGAAAGAUAUGCAGAAAUAUGUGAAAUAUUUGCAUCGAGUCCUGGUUGGGCUUUAUCAGCUGAUGGUUGGCUUGAUUGCCUUGAAAGAAACCAGGACAUUUUCCAAGAUACAAAUUUAGUGUUGAGAUUAGCUGGAACACUCAAAGAAGUUUCAUCUUGUAGGAUCAGCGAAGUGUCAAGGGUUAAACGACUAAUGAAUGUCAUUUUACAUUGCUUGACUGCCCUGUCAGUUGCUGACAAAAAUAAAGUUCUCUUGGGGAUCCUGUCCUCUUAUGGUAGCAAAGGCUUCUGUAGAGACGAGGGACCUUUUAGGGACUGGUUUGAAGAGGAGGUGAACAUGGCAUUCAAUUGUAUUACACAGAGUGAGGCUGCUAAGAACAUUAGUAAAGCAGUGAAUGCAGUUGCAAGAGUUGCUUUCUUAAACCCAGAAGCCACUCUGCAAAAGAUAUGCCACUUGGCUGCAGUGAACCUGGGUGCCCAUAAGCUGCUUGGUCAGAUCCUGAAAAAUUUGUCAGUGCUGUCCUUUAAGGGCAAGCUGUCUUCAGAUGGACUCAAUAUCUUGGCCAAAUGUCUCCUGGAAGCUGCUUGGGAUAGCUUUGCCACCACCAAAGGGGAAAAUCAGUUUCUUGAGUUCUUGACAUCUCUUAUGGAACCAGGAGAAGGAAAUGGUGAAGAACCUCCUAGUCCUCUUCUCCAACCAGCAGAUGCCACAAAGAUAUUUGUCCUUCCUUAUCUGAUGGAAAGCAACUCCGGUAUCGAGUUUCCUCUUAAAGUUCUUAACAAUGCUCUAAAGAUUGAGGUGACAGAUGACGAGACCAAAGAACAUUGGCUACUUGCCUGUUGCCCAUUUCCCCUCAUUUUUGCUCUUUCUCAGCUCCUGGACCAUUGCAUCUUGUGCUGGGAGGAGGGCAACAAUAAAACAUCAAGUCACAUUUCUGUAGAAACAAAAGGUCUCCUGAUUGAGACAUUGAACAUGGUUUGUGAUAUUGUUGGACAGAUCAUUUCUGUAAACCCAGAGAUGUGGUCAACGUCUGUUUGUUGGUUGUACAGAAAAACUGAACAGUUGGACUGGACUGUGCGCCUUAGGUUGAAAAGCAUCUUUGGGAACCAUUUCAAGUAUGAGGUACCUGCCACAUUGUUUGAGGUCUGUGAUCUUUCCGAUGAUGGUUGGUCACCACUUAACCUUCCACAGUAUGGUCCAGGCACUGGACUUUUGGCCUGGAUGGAAUGUUGUUGUGUCUCGACUAAUAUGAUGGAGCAGAUGCUGUCCCAUCUAACAAUUGAUGCUAAAAAUGUUGAGGAGGUCAAUAUGUUUAGCAAAGGCUUUCUAAUUGCACUGAUCCAGGUCCUACCUUGGUGCAGCUGUAGUGAAUGGAAACGCCUCAACCAUGUUGUAAACAGCCUUCUGCAGCGCGAAUUGCUUCAUGUGCCAUAUACCCUGGAAUAUGUUCAUUAUAUGCCACUGCUCAAUCUUCGACCUUUUGCCCAUCCCCUACAGAUAUCUCAGCUUUUACUGAGGGCCUUCCAGCUGAUCUGUAGUUGUAGCUGCUCUGACUGGCUUCCAGCAGCGGGGUGGAAGUAUGUAGCACGACAGUGUGCUGGCAGUAUGUCAGACAUCUUGGAGUCUGUAAGGUGCAGACUCAAAGGGCAUGGAGUUCAGAAUGCAGACGGAAGUCAGGAAGCCACUUUUGUCGUCAUGCAGCUCUUUUGCCAUGUGAUUCACAUUAUGGUGAUGAUGCCCUCCGGCACGUCCGAGCCCCUCUAUUAUGUAGCCUUGGAGCUGCUUUCCCAGUACGAGACCCUGACAACUGCCAAUACUUCUACCUCCGGGCUACUCAGCAAAGUUGAUGAAAAACACUUCCUCUAUUCCAUUGCCGAGAAUCUGUCCAGCGAAGAUCAACGUUCUGUGCUACUGCAGAAAAUCAACAAAAUCUGUUGAGUAACAAAAUCAGAAAUUGUUAGAAAGUCUCAGCAUCUGUGGAGAGAAUUCAGAGUUAACAUUUUGGGGUUAAGUGACCCUCCUUCAGAGCUGAUAGUUACAUUGUUUUUUAUGCAAAAGAUAGGGUGGGGGUGGAGACAAAGUGUAAAUGUUUAUUCCCUACCCCCUCCUCUCACCCUAUCUUCUGUAGAAAAAGUAACUUUACCCUAGCUACCAGCAGGUCUGAAGAAAGUUCACUGGAUCCAAAAGGUGAGCUCCAAUUUCUGCCUGCAGAUUCUGCCUGACCUGCUGAGAUUUUUCAGCAGUUACUGUUUUUGUUUCUUAUUGCCAGCAUCUGCAGCUCUUUUUUCGUUUUUUUUUAAUUUGUUGAGUAGUUCAGUGGCUGUUUAUCCAUGAGCUGCCGGGGUUUGACAUUGCAGGGGUGUUAUAUUGUAUGGAAAAAGAUUCAUCUUGUUUUGGAGACUCCUAAUGCUGAAAACUAUUCUGACCUGUACAGGUCCUGACAAGUGAACGUUCAAAGUUACCAGUGAACAGUUGAAUUGAGACAGAACACUGAGUUGUUUCCAGCCAUAUCUGGAUCUUGAAUUGAAAUUUAUAAGACUCCCAAUCUGUAAUUUAACUUUGUGUGAAUAUUGAGAGCGUAACUCAACUUUUUUUCAGUUAAUUUGUUUUGCCUUUUUAUGGGCUUUGUGUGUCUGCCCCAGGUGGUAUGAGAGAAGGUUUAGAACAAAACCAUGCUCCCUCAGAUUUUAUUUCCCUCCACAUGUUUUGAAGAUAUUAAAAACUUCUUAAAGGGAUGUUAUCAAGAGUUUUUCUUUUCUCUAUACCGGCUAUUCCACUUCUAUAAUUGUGAACAGGAAAUUAUUUUGGUGCUUUUAUUUUGUAGAUCCGCUUUGGUACAAACAGAUAGACCAAGCUGCCUAUAUGAAAUCUGAAAGAAAUUCAACUACCAGUCAAAACAAAAGUUCAAAUCCUGACUUGAAUGGUUUGUUCCCCUUCUGUAAGUGGAUCUGGUAACUUACGAUUGGGAUGGUAGUAAUCUUACAGCAGCGAUUGAAUGGCAAUACUAUUCCAAAUCAGGAUGUGUAACUUGUGGGAGUACUUGAAACUGGUGGUUUUGCCAGGUAUCUGCUGCCUUUGGUUGUCCGGCCAGAGAGAUUAUGGAUUUUGAAGGUACAGUCCCAGGAACCUUAGUAAGUUGCUGCAGUGCACCUUGGAAAUGAUACACACUGCUGCUGUCGUGUGUCCGCUGUUAAUGGAGCAAAUAUUUGAAGUCACGGAUGGGCUGCUGAUCAAUUGACUUGCUUCACCCUGGAAUAUUUUGAACUUCACAGUGGCUCAGUGCUUAGCACUGCUGCCUCACAGCACCAGGAGCCUGAGUUCAAUUCCAACCUUGGGCGACUGCCACUGUGGAGUUGGCACCUUCUCCUGUCCUGCAAGGGUUUCCUCCAGGUACUCCAGUUUCCUACCACAGACCAAAGAUGUGCAGGUUAGGUGGAUUGGCUAUGCUAAAUUGCCCAUAAUGUCCAGGGAUGUUUAGGUUAGGUGGAUACAAGGUUGCAAGAGAUAGGGUGAAUCUGGGUGGGAUGCUCCUCAGAGUCGGUGUGGACUUGUUGGGCUGAAUGGCCUGUUCCCACACUGUAGGGAUUCCGUGAAAUACACAAGUGCGGGUUGUGCUGUGCUUAUUCAGCAAGUAGAGAACAUUCUGUUACACUCCAGACUUGCACCUUGACAGAUUUUGGGGAGUCAGGAGGUGAGCUGCUUGCUACAGAAUUUACAACUUCUAAUCUAUUAUUGUAGCCACUUGUACCAAGAUGGGUGACAGGAGUACUAAUCUGGAGAUCUGAGCUCAAAUCCCGUGAUAGCCACUGAGGAAUUUACAUUCAUUUAACUGUCAAAUCUGGACUAACACAUUACAGUCAGAAAUGGUGAGGUUAAUGGAUUAGCAUGGAAGUGUCUGGUUCACUAAUUCCCUCUAAGGAAGUAAGCCAUUUUUUCCUAGUCUAUCUUGUUAGUGACUCCAGACCCGAAACACGAAUGACCUUAUGUUGGAGGCCAGUCAUAGUCAUGCAGCACAGAAACAGACCCUUCAGUCCAACCUUUCCAUACUGACCAUAAUCCCAAACUAAACUAGUCCGACCUGCCUGCGCUUGGGCUAUAUUCCUCCAAAUAAGUACUCAUGUACUUAUCUAAAUUUCGUAAAGAACAUAGAACAUUACAGCACAGUACAGGCCCUUUGGCCCUCGAUGUUGUGCCGACCCGUCCUACCGAUCUCGAGCCCAUCUAACCUACACUAUUCCAUGUAUGUCCAUAUGCUUAUCCAAUGACGACUUAAAUGUACCUAAAGUUGGCGAAUCUACUACCGUUGCAGGCCAAGCGUUCCAUUCCCUUACUACUGUCUGAGUAAAGAAACUACCUCUGACAUCUGUCCUAUAUCUUUCACCCCUCAAUUUAAAGCUAUGCCCCCUCGUGCUCGCCGUCACCAUCCUGGGAAAAAGGCUCUCCCUAUCCACCCUAUCUAACCCUCUGAAUAUUUUAUAUGUUUCAAGUAAGUCACCUCUCAACCUUCUCUCUAAUGAAAACAGCCUCAAGCCCCUCAGCCUUUCCUCGUAAGACCUUCCCUCCAUACCAGGCAACAUGCUAGUAAAUCUCUUCUGCACCCUUUCCAAAGCUUCCACAUCCUUCUUAUAAUGUGGUGACCAGAACUGUACGCAGUACUCCAAGAGCGGCUGCACCAGAGUUUUGUACAGCUUCACCAUAACCUCUUGGUUCUGGAACUCGAUCCCUCUAUUAAUAAAAGCUAAAACACUGUAUGCCUUCUUAACAGCCCUGUCAACCUGGGUGGCAACUUUCAAGGAUCUGUGUGCAUGGACACCGAGAUCUCUCUGCUCAUCUACACUACUAAGAAUCUUACCAUUAGCCCUGUACUUUCCCUUCUGGUUACUCCUACCAAAGUGCAUCACCUCACACUUGUCUGCAUUGAACUCCAUUUGCCACCUCUCAGCCCAGCUCUGCAGCUUUCUAUGUCUCUCUGCAACCUACAGCAUCCUUCGUCACUAUCCACAACUCCACCGACCUUAGUGUCGUCUGCAAAUUUACUAACCCAUCCUUCUACGCCCUCAUCCAGGUCAUUUUAAAAAAUGACAAACAGCAGUGGACCCAACACCGACCCUUGCGGUACACCACUAGUAACUGGUCUCCAGGAUGAACAUUUCCCAUCAACUACCACCCUCUGUCUUCUUUCAGCAAGCCAAUUUCCAAUCCAAACUGCUGCAUCUCCCACAAUUCCGUUCCUCCGCAUUUUGUACAAUAGCCUAUUGUGGGGAACCUUAUCAAAAGCCCCUCACGUCUUUUUAAAAUCUUUCUCCUCUCACCUUCUCCUUAUAAUUUAAACUUUCCAUUUCUGGCAACACCCUCGUAAAUCUCUUCUGAACCGUCACCUGUUUAAUAACACUCUUCCAGAACAGGGACACCGGGACUGCCCUACAUCAAGAACAUAUCAGAACUGACAGCGAGACUCCUAUGACCACGAGAAAUCAUGGUAGCGCACAAGCCGACAGCUACUCUACAGUAAUGAACUUUCCUUAAUAUCGGUACACGCAGAUAAUGAAGGCCAUCAGUUUAACUGGGACAAUGUAACCAUGGUAGCCCAAAUGAAACAGACAUGCAUGGGAAUUCUUAGAGGCAUGGUUCUCAACCCAUAAUGCAAUCAACAAACAUAUGGAAUUGGACCCCGUGUACAAACCCCUACGGAACAAAACCGGAAAUGACACGACUCACCAUAAUGGACCAGACAGUGUAAACCCUAAGUGGAGUAGCACAACAUUGCUUCAUCAAAGGCCUCACUGAUGCUGUUACCUGGCAUGGUGACGAAAACAAGCCAGCUUGGCGAACAAGUUAAUGACCUCACCUGUAACCUGAGCUAUGGAACUUUGCUAAAUCCUUAACUGAAAUAUGGCAGUUCCAGACAAUGUGGCACACAGUCAAUACUGCAGUGAGCUAUUAAUAAUGUGCUAAAGCCUCUGGAGUGAAACUUCAACACUUCACUCAAGAACAAUCUCACUUAGAUACUACUGUUCAAACCAGGCUGGUACCUUUUACAGUACUGGAUUACCAGGUGGAUAGCAUUUUUUUUCUAAUUUAACUGAUUUAUCUAAUUAACAUGUCCAGAGAUGUUAGAACACACUUCUGAAGCAGGUGGGAUUUGAACCUAGGUCUCUCAUUUCAGGGGUAGGGAGACUGCCACUGCACAAAAAGAGGGCCCUAAAAACCUACUGCACCUGGUAUACCAGGCAACCUCCCAUCCAAGUACAAAUUGGGCCUCAGUCUGCUUAGCUUCUUAGAUCAAGCAUUUUUUAGAUUAAUCUGUUGGCAUUACUGUUGAGGAAGAAUCAGGAACACCUGGUUCUUUUCAGUAGAACUCAGAAGGUUAAGAGAUGUUAGAGGUCUCUUAUAUCAGUAGAGCUGACUAAUUUCACCUGUUCAUUUUAUAAGUAUUAGGGUCAUCAACAGAAUGUAGAGUUCAGGGAAAUUGUUCUAUUCACGAAAGUUGUUAGCACAUGAAUACUCUGUCAGAAAUUGGUGCAAUCACAAGCAAUUGUAGGUUUUGCAAGGGGCAUUGAGUUAAUCAAUUUGUUUUUUAAUAUUAUGAGGAAAAGAUUGAGAAUUGGGACUAAAUGGCAGACCCAAUAUUGGCAUGAGGACCUAUUGGCCUUCAGUGCUAUAAAUUCUAAGAUGUUUCUACACACAAAUAGAACUAUUUCAUGAAUACUCUGUGGCCAUAUCUUUUGGCUUGAGGAUGUUUAUCAACAUUGAAAACUGGUACAACAAAUUCCAGAGAGUUGUAGUUAAACAAAGCAAUUAAGAUUGUGCCAUUUGCUAUGUCUCUACAGGUUAAGGUGGAGAAAUCUCAUUGUUGCAGUGAGUGCUUUUCUGCAAAAGAAUGAAUAUCCAAGUUGGACAGAUGGGAAGUCACUUGCAAAAGUAUCCAUAAGAAUUUUUAAAAUGAUGUUUUACAAGCUUUAAAUGUGUUUUGAGAGUCCACACUGCAAAAUCUCUCAGAACAGCUCAUGAAAAUCCAUGUGGUAAUGUAGCUUGUAUAUGUUGCACACGGUUGGGCUAUCAAACUGGAGAUAGGUAGUGUGAAAAAAGACUCUUAUACUUGAAUAAAUGGUUUUGUAUUUUACAGUGUGAUAGUCACAAAUUAUUUGCUGUGAACUUGCUUUCAACUAAGAAAUAUUGCCUACCAACUUAGAAUUGCACAUUUCCUACUCUUAAGCAACUUACUUUCAAAGUGAGAUUUUAUUCAAAUGGAUUAUCGAGUAAACUUGUUUGUUGCAAACAAGACACCUAUGCAGUGACUGUCGUCUCAAUUUGCGCGCUACAGGUUAUUGAAGCAGGCUGGAUGUAGAGGGUAAUUUGUGCUGAGUGCCAACAGCAUUGGCUACAGGCCAGACAAUCAAGGCUGCAUUAAUGUUAACUCCUGUUCAGCUGCUUUAGUAGAAGCCUUGUAAAAUUAUUCCUUUUGUGUCGCUGAUAUGUUCACUGCAGUCAUACCCAGUGGUUAAAAAGGAAAAUAUUAAUUCCCUUUACUCCUCUGCCCUGAAG